AUGUAUUCAAAGGCUGUAAUCUUCAAGACAAAGCUCUUGUUUGCAAAAGAAAUUAAACCAUCAAUUCUUAAUAUGAGCUUUGAUAACAAAGCAAAAUUUGCGCACUUAUUCAGAAAACAAUUAAGGUUUCAACGACAAUCUGUGGAUGCACGAAAUAAAAUGAGCUUUAAAGCUUUACAACUUUUAAGUCCUGAAAAUUGUCUGAGCUACAUUGAUUUUAAUAUCUCAAGUGAUUCUACAUCUUCUUGA